CCUGUGCUUGCACCGAACCCAGCUCCCUCUGCAGAAGCCCCCGAGGGAAGACACAGGCGUGAAGUGUGAGGACCUACGAGUGGCGACCCGGAAAAUGUUUUAGGAGACAGCCAAGGACAGAGAGCAGAGCUUAAGAGAGGACAGAGUGAGACGCACAGAGUUAAGGACCCUGGAAGCAACUUGUGAAGGGCAACAGUCAAUUAAUGAAGAGAUCAACGUUUCCGGAUGAAGAACAGAGACAGCUCCUGCAAGUACAGGACACAUGAGAUAGCCUUCACGUAUUAGUCCUCUUGGAACAUAGUCAAUGCGUAUGGGUGGUGAGCGGCAGAGAGCAGAAGAAAAGAGACAGACUCGGGGGCAAGAGACAGUCCAUAAUAUGGAAGCACGCAAGGAGUCACAAAGCAAUGCCUGCAAGUCUGGCUGGUGGGGAGAUGACCCUCAGUACCAGUAUAUGCAACUGCGAGACUGCUCGAGUUAUGGGAUUCCCAGCCAGACAUCGUCUCCCCUGCAGGAGAUGUCAGGGGAGCACCCCCCAACUCAAGCCAAGACCUAUGGCCACUACACCGAGGAACUCUCGCAGUUUGCCCGCAAAGAAGCUGCUAAAUUACUGCAGGAAAAGCAGAGAGUGGAUGAGACCAAACCCCCCGAUGUCCAGCGACAGUGUUACUCCAAGUGCCACGCCUGUGCGCAGCGGGUGAAGAAGUAUUUCAUCAAAAAGUUGGGAGAAGACUGGAUCUUCCUCGUGCUGCUCGGCCUGGUGAUGGCGCUGGUCAGCUGGAGCAUGGAUUACGCCAGUGCCAAGAGUUUACAGGCAUACAGGUGGAUGUACCAGGGUGUGAAUCAUAAUGUGUGGUUCCAGUUUAUGGCCUGGGUGUCUUAUCCCCUCGUCCUCAUACUGUUUGCUGCAGUCUUCUGCCACAUAGUGUCCCCGCAGGCUAUUGGUUCUGGCAUUCCGGAGCUGAAAGUCAUUCUCCGAGGGGUUGUGCUGAAAGAAUAUUUGACGAUCAAAGCAUUUAUAGCCAAAGUGAUUGGACUGACGGCCUCUUUGGGGAGUGGAAUGCCCUUGGGAAAAGAGGGCCCGUUCGUGCACAUCGCCAGCAUCUGCGCUGUCGUCCUAAGCAACUUCAUGUCCGUCUUCUGCGACGUCUAUGAGCAGGCGUAUUAUUACGCUGAUGUUCUCACGGUGGGAUGUGCUGUUGGUGUCGGCUGCUGCUUUGGGACCCCGCUAGGAGGGGUGUUGUUCAGCAUUGAGGUCACCUCCUCCUACUUUGCGGUGCGGAACUACUGGCGUGGAUUCUUUGCGGCCACUUUCAGCGCAUUCAUCUUCCGCGUCCUCGCUGUGUGGAACAAGGAUGCAGUCACCAUCACCGCUCUCUUCCGCACAAACUUCAGGAUGGAGUUCCCCUUUGACCUUCAGGAGUUACCAGCAUUCGCCGUUAUCGGGAUCUGUUGCGGCUUCCUUGGGGCUUUCUUUGUGUACCUGAACCGACAGGUGGUGCUUGGGAUCCGCAGGAACCAGACCCUGAGCAGCUUCCUGAGCCGUUACCGCUUCAUUUACCCGGCUGUGGUCACCUUCUGUAUAGCGACCCUCACUUUCCCCCCGGGAUUCGGCCAGUUCAUGGCAGGAGAGCUCAUGCCUCGGGAAAGCAUCAGCGUCCUGUUUGACAAUCACACCUGGACCAAGCCCGUGGGCAACAUCUCAGUCCUGGGCCGCUCCGCUGCCUUCAUCCAUCCGACCGUCAGUGUAUUCGUCACUCUGCCGCUCUUCUUCAUCAUGAAGUUCCUGAUGUCUGUCAUUGCCACUACAAUGCCAAUACCAUGUGGCGCCUUCAUGCCCGUCUUUGUACUUGGUGCUGCCUUCGGGAGGACUGUCGGAGAGCUGAUGGCCUAUCUCUUCCCCAAUGGAAUCCUAUUUGAUGGAAUUGUGUACAAGAUCUUACCGGGGGGUUAUGCUGUGAUCGGAGCGGCUGCACUAACAGGAGCUGUCACUCACACCGUCUCCACUGCCGUCAUCUGCUUCGAGCUGACGGGUCAGAUUUCUCAUAUCCUCCCUAUGCUGAUCGCCGUCAUCAUGGCGAACGUGGUGGCUCAGAACCUACAGCCCAGCCUGUACGACUCCAUCAUCCAGACAAAGAGAUUGCCCUACCUUCCGGACCUGUCCUCGUGCCAUGUGAGCAAGUACAACAUCUUUGUGGAAGACAUCAUGGUGCGGGACGUGCGUUAUAUAUCAUCCCACUGCACUUAUAAAGACCUCCUUGGUGUCCUGAGGAGCUGCACACAUAAGUGUCUGCCCCUAGUGGAGUCAGCAGAGUGCAUGGUUCUUCUGGGGUCAGUUGAGCGAACAGAAAUUAUGGCUUUACUGGACAGAAUCCUGAGUAAAGAGAGACGACUGCGUAUGGCUUCGCCCCCGUACAAAGGUCAGAGGUCGGCCGUGUCUGGGGAUAAACGGGACUCAUUCCGAUAUGUCGAUGAAGAAGAGACAGGUGGCGAGGAAGAAGAGAAGAAAGAGGUUGAGGAAUGUAACGGCCCCAUCACCCCAAAUAAUGCAGCGGAGGCCUGCACGCCCGCACCACAGACAGCCAGUUGUUGUCAGAGGUUUCGGUCUUCUUUUUCAAGAAUAUUCCGUCCUAAGGAAGACACACCCAAAGACCCCCCACAGGAAUCUGAACCAGAGGACACGAUGACACCGGAGGAGAUCGCAGUCUGGGAGCAGCAGGAGCUGGGGAAGAAAGCCUCAUUUGACAGCUGCCUAAUAGACCCAUCGCCAUUCCAGCUGGUGGAGAGGACGUCGCUUCACAAGACUCACACUCUCUUCUCACUCCUGGGCCUGAGCCAAGUCUAUGUCACCAGCGGAGGGAAACUGAGAGGAGUCAUUGCCCUGAAAGAGCUGCAGAAGGCCAUAGAGGGCACUGCCCAGUCAGGCGUCCGCCUGCGCCCCCCCUUCGCCAGCUUCCGUGAUGCCCAACGCUCCUUGUCUCACAAGAAUUCCCACAGAACGGUUCCCAAGGCUCCUCCCUCUCCAGACCCUUCAAUGCUCCCUGAUGAGCCCACAAUAGUAGUCACGCCGGAAGUGACCCCAGACUCCGAGCUGGACGAUCUGUCCGGUCAAGGGUCAGAGAAUGUGUCGCAGAUCCUGAAGGACUUCCAGGUCUUUCCCGAGCACAGUGAAGACGAGGUGCCGCUGUAACGUAACGCCAAAGGUGCCAUGGGGCAUGAUAUGGCUAUCACUAUCUUUGGGCGAGGCUACAGUGUAUCCAUUGUUGAGCUGGACACACCAAGAAUGUUUUGAAGGCUAUAGGCUGCUCGGAGUGGUCAUCAGUAAGCCCCUGCUCCAUCUGUCUGGUCAUCCCUACACCCGCUUUACAUACUUACAUUAAGUACGUGCCCUUUAUACUGCUACUGAAAACGUUCAUGUGGACCUUACCUGUGACACUAAAAUGAGCCUCCGUAAUGCGGAUCAACAAGAACUCUACACAAAGUAUUUGAAGGAACAGCCUCAAAGCUUCUCAGCUAUCUUACUACUCUGCAUUCCCUGAGAAGACCCUGGCUCCCAGCACCCUGAUGCCAACGAACGCAGUGAUUAUGGAACCUUAGUCACCUCUAUUGUAUCGCUGGGCAGACUGCAAGACUAUAUAGGCGCCUUACACUUCACAUAAGGAUGUCUAAAGCUCUAAGACGUAUCCCUCACAAGUGUUCCUUCUGCUUCCAAGACAACAUAUAGGAAGAUGGUUAUUUCUGAUCAGGUUUCUCUAUGUGGGAGAAAUGUAACCUGGGCAGAAGACCAAAACCACCAUCCAACUUCUACUGCAAAGUCCUACACAAUGUGGUGAUAAAUAGUUACGGCUCUAUAGUAUGAUGCGCCCUCUGUGCUAUAUAUUGGGCCGUUUUCAUUUCCAAAUCGCAAUCCCGUAGUCCCAUGUGACCUGAAGCUUGGUCAGGACAUGAAAUUGUAGGCUCCACAUGUCCUUAUGUAGUGCCUGUACACUAAGGGGCGCCCAGAGCCUGAAUUCUUGGGAAAAUAAACAUUGCAAGAUUAAGAUUUGGAUUGGAAUACGGUGGGGUUGUGCUGACGAAACCAUGACGUGUGGGAACCCUACUGAACCAAUACUCAUGCAUAUUCAGCCAAUCAAAUCACUAGAAAUCAGCGACAUAACUGAGGCACGAGGCACUGGGCCUGAUUCAGACGCUACCUCCGUACAAUGCCAAUGAUUGCGUAGUUGAGCUUUUAUUUGCUUCUACACAUGAGCACAUUUUUUGAGAUCCUCUAUGGCGCAUGCGUUAACCUGGCUGCACGCACAAACGGGCCGUUGCGUAUGGAGUCUCUGGUAUCAGACAAAGCGGGACAAAGAGAUGGGUGUUCCUGGGUGGCGCUUGGUAGGUGGCCUCAAGAGAGCGCAAAAAUCUGGUGCCUGGGUGUGUUGAGGGAAUAUGGAGGGCAUGUCUCUGCAAGCGUGCCACAUUCCCAGACGCACAUCCAGAGCCUACGCUUAGAUGGAUACACUGUGCCUGCCAUAGACUCGUGCAUAUGUUGUUGGUGCACCGAUGGUGGACUGUCUACAACCACCGGUGGUUGGUGAUACUGCAUACAGGGACACAGAAAGUGGGCGUCUCAGGGCCAGCCCCCUACGGCGCCCGCCAAAGCACAAGGGGAAGGCUGAAACUACCAUCAGCAUAUUACCGCACCCGCGACUUCAGCAAAGGGCGCUAGAGCGAUCGCAGCAGCUCCUCCUCUGGAUCAAGCCCACUAUGUAACAGGGUGUAUAUUCCCUCACCCUACAAAAUGGGCGCUCCUUACAGUCUGACAAUCAACCGCUUGCUUAUUUGGGGGUUUAUACAUUUUAACGCCGUGUUAUGGUACAAAAUCCAUUAUCUCUGACAGAGUUCAUGAUGUGAAAGUUUAUUUACUACACUCAUAUAAUUUAUAGUAUCUUACAGUGAUCCUGGUGGUGAGGCAGGAACUGGGACUGAUGGGAAACAACACAAUAGAAUUCCAAGUAUAUGACUUUACGCCAAGUAUAGAAUGACUAGGUGCUUCAUCGCGCCCUACGGGCGCUCUUCACACCGUCGCGAGGGGCUACGCCCCCUUAACCCUUGCAUGCCUUUCUGGGGUUUAAUAUUUGUAUUAUAUGGAGUAUUACCUGCAUUCCUUUGUUAGUGGUUAAAUAUUGCACAAUGAAAGGGCGUGCGAUGGUGAAGGAGGCGCAGCCCCUUGCGAUGGCGUGAACAGCACCUGCAGGGCACGAUGUACAGAAUGUAGCGGGUGCGGGGGGGACUGCGGAUGGUG